ACCCAUGGUUUUGUCUUUAUUUGCCGACAGGUUGUGACAUUUUCUCUCAGCCAGCUGUGUGGACAGCGCCACACACGCUCCUGAACAACGACGGCUCUUGCCUGCAUCUUGCAGUGUUUCUUCUGUCAGAGAGCCCAGCAGAGUUGCGAUUCUUCCAGUGCCGGCCCUGAGCUGAACGAGGAACGCCCAGCGGAGAUGGUAAAGAUGACAAAAUCCAAAACCUUCCAAGCUUAUCUGCCCAACUGCCAUCGUACAUACAGCUGUAUCCACUGCAGGGCCCACCUGGCCAACCACGACGAGCUCAUCUCCAAGUCCUUCCAGGGAAGUCAGGGACGAGCCUACCUCUUCAAUUCUGUGGUGAACGUGGGCUGCGGCCCCGCCGAGGAGCGAGUUCUGCUCACGGGUUUACACGCAGUGGCGGAUAUCUACUGUGAAAACUGCAAAACCACCUUGGGCUGGAAAUACGAACACGCCUUUGAGAGCAGUCAGAAAUAUAAGGAAGGAAAAUUUAUUAUUGAGCUUGCCCACAUGAUCAAAGACAAUGGUUGGGAGUAAAGCGAGGCUUGUCGUGCUAUUUGAAUGCCAUUUUGUGAAAGAGCUUGUGAAUGUACCGGAGACCUGGGGUUGUCCUGGAUGACACUGUUUCUUGAACUUUAAACCUCACAGGCGUCUGUGCCGGCUCCUUGGGUAAGGCCCACCCUCCGAUCUGUUCUCUUCAUGUACAUGGUUGUUUCUGAAGUUUUUCAAUGACCCCUUUCUAACUUCUCAAGUUCCAGAGAAAGAAUUAACCAACUGGUGACUUACCUGUCUACUUAAUAUCUUCACUGUCUGUAGGGUGGGGCCUGUUUAGAGAGCAGUGCCUCACCCCCCCUUUUUCAAGUGGUGGUAUCUUUUUUUUUUUUAAUUUUUUUGAUUUACAAAACUACACAUUGCUUGUUCCUCUCACAGAUGAACUGUUAAGAGCAUUGUGUUCCUUUAGGAAUAUUCUAGAGAAGUCAAUGAAUUUACACAUCAAGAGGGGUUUUUAAGCCUUGUUUGAAAACAGGACAUCCCUGGUAACACUUUACAUAAGCUGCAAAUAGGGAAGGGUAUCUAACGGGAACAUUGAUUUAAGCCACUGGAUUUCUUAUCCCGAGAGCAGUGGAUCAGGUGUCAGAGAGGCAGGGCGUCUCCUGUUCUCAGCAGUGGCAGUCUUUCCAGCUUCUGAUCCCAGGCCCACCCUGCCAGUGGUGACAGGGGCUCCAUGGCAGGGAACUGCUUUGCUCCAUGUAGUUAGGCUUUACACGCCGCACAGAGCAAAAGUCGAUUUCAUGUCCCUGAUGAAAAAAUGAUUUUUGCGUAUGAGAAAGGCCAGAACCAGCAGAAAGAACUUCAGCUGGAAAUUGAAGAUUCCUCUUGAGAUCGGCCAGAUUGUUUUCAAGUAGUUCAAAAAAGGUUAAAAUUGCAAGAUAGUUUAAAGUUUUUUAAGUGAUGCAGUCUGGUUUGCUGGGUGGGCUGUGCCCCUCCCCUCUCGCCUGACUGUGCUAAGUGGAAGAACAUGAAGGGUGCUGUCAGGGCCUGUGGUGGCCUGGGCCUCUGCAGGACGCGGCACCACGUAGGGUAGUGGAUUUGAGACUCCCCAGAUAGUGCCUAGCCUGCCUCAUGGCUGCCAGGCCCACCGCCCGUGCAGGGGGGCAGGAGAAAGGUCCUGGAGGCAACCCAGAAGGAAAUGUAGCAAUUUGCCAGGCAGGGACUGAGGGGCAGAGCCUGCCACAGUAAGAGAAUGGCCUGCAGUCUGACUCUAACCCUGUCCUAAAUCCAGAGCAGGGCUCUGCAGGUGCUGAGUGCUAUGCUGGCUUGGCCUCUCACCGCUGGAGCUUACCUUUGGGCCAUCCCUGCCCCACUCUGGGCCCGGUGGCAGUGAGGUGACAUCCUUGCUGGCACAAGCCCUGACAGACACAUGAGCACAGCGCCUUCAUAAGCUCAUUUCCCCUGUAGAUUUAGGCUCUCCCAGCGUGGUCUGUAUUUUUCCAGGUCGUUUACAGCUUUUAGAGCACGCAUCCACUCACCCAGUGGCACUCGCUGCCCAGGUCUGAAUCUGAGGACGCCUGUCUUGUAGACUGCCACAUGAAGUCCCCAACUCUGGCUUCAGUGUUUAGUUAAAACCUAAUGGGGCUGAAAGACAUCUUGAGGGUUGGGAACUUAGCUUGAGAACUUAGUUGUCAUUCCACUUGUGGUUCUUGGUUCCCUUUUACGCGUGGGAGUUUGCCUCAGCCUUGCUGGAGGCUCCUAGAAGGGUGGGACACAGCCGGGGUUGUGUUGACACCGGAACUGCUGGGGGGCGUGAGGCGGUUGGAUCCCCAACCUCUGCUCCGGAAGUGGUUCUUAGAUUGAAGAGACUUUUGUAUAUACUAAAAUUAUAUUUAAAGUUUUAUAUGUUCUGAGCGAGUUUACUGCUCCUUCUAUUUGAGCACUUUGGUUUCUUGUACUGUUGUCUUUUGUGGUGGCAUUUGAAGUUUUUUUACUAGCGGUCUUAUUAUUUUUUUUUUUUUGUCAUUGAUACCAACAAAACUUUUAUCACUUUUGUGUUGGUCUUCUGCAAAAUACAAGCUCCUUUUCAAACCAAAUGAACUGACCAUGAGCUGCUUCAGGGAAGUGAUACUCACCAGCUACAACCAGAUGUGCUGGUGAACUGUGCUGGAAUGUUCCACCCUCUUAAAUUCCUGAACAGUGAAUAUCAUCCAGUGAAUUUUAUUUAUUUAAAAUAUUUUUCCUUAAGACAGUGGGAGGUGAUGCCAGGGUUAUAAAAUAUGUCAUAUGUAACAAACUAGGGCCAUGUUCUGGGAGAGUGGGUGUUUCAGGUUAGCUUUGUCGCUAUUUUAUAUAUACAUAGUAUUUUUAUAUCUUCAUACUUACUCUUGAUGGCAUCUGUCAGGUUUUAAAAAGGAUCAGAAAUGGACAUUUUCUCAAA